ACAUGGGCUGCCACGCCCGCCUCCUUUGGCUGCUGUUCUUCCACGCUGCGAUUCUACCUGAAGCAGUUUGCUACAGGAAGGACAUCAGAGGAUCCAGAGCAAGGCUGGGGAAGGAAAGGCCUAAAAGAACCUUCAUCCAAGACAUGUCUGAGGAACAGCAAGAAGGAAAUGGUGAGGAGCCCGUGGCAAGGCCUCAAGGUGAUGGAAAUCUAGCCACCAUAUUAUCAGUUCUGCCUGCGGCCAUCUCUACUCAGCCAUCUUCUAAGCUUACCCCAAGUUCCCCCGCAUCAGUUCUACCUGUGGCUGACUCAAUACCUGGAAGUCAAAGAGCACAUGUGCCCAGGCUCAGCCUCAAAGGUGCUGACAGGUCACCAGACCUCACUCCAGUAAUAGAUCCUGAGUCAUUCAAGCCAUCAGGUGGCUGGGCCCCUGUGAGGCUGGCAGGCAACCACGGGAACUGUGCAGGCCGUGUAGAACUCUUCUACCAGGGAGUCUGGGGGACUGUGUGUGAUGACCUCUGGGACCUUCCAGAAGCAAACAUCAUCUGUAGGCAGCUGGGGUGUGGCUGGGCUGUUUCGGCCCUGAGCGAAGCUUACUUUGGACAAGGUUCUGGGAAGAUUCUCCUUGACAAUGUGCACUGCAAGGGGCAUGAGGAGCACCUGGAGGAGUGCUCCCACCUUGGGUGGUUCUCCCACAACUGUGAUCACAGUGAAGAUGCCAGUGUUAUCUGUUCAGAUGCUGAAUACGGAAUGGCCACACUAUCAGAUCCUCCAUUGGCUGUCAUGGAAGGAGCAAUGGAUCCAGAAAAAACUCGGUGUGGUGGAGUCCUUACCAAUGCACCUGGAAAAAUUAAGAAUCCCCCAAUGAACGAAAUGCAUGACAACAUAACCUGUGUGUGGGAAAUCAGAGCGAAUACCUCUGAUCAUAUACGGCUGGCAUUUCCAUCUCUUGACCUCGACUGCACCAAUGAGUAUUUUGAAAUCCUGGAUGGCCCUCCAUCCUCCACGAAGUCCCUGGGGAAACCCUGCCGAGGGUUGCAUGUCACCUUUGCAUGCCACUCCAACUCAAUGACCCUUGUGUACUUCCGAGGCGAGAACAACAUCGGGAAAAACUUCAUGGCUUAUUAUUAUUUUGAAGCCAAAGAGAUGACAACAAAGACCCCGUAUCUGAUCACUAUUCCCACAGAAACUUCCAAGAUGGUAACAGAAAGACCACAAUUCUCAAAUACUCCCAGUGGGAACAUCUCACCUCUUCCUGUGCCUGACUCAGGAGACUGGCCAGAGCUUCGCCUAGUGGGUGGCUCCAGUCGGUGCUCAGGACGAGUGGAGAUCCUCCACCAGGGAGUCUGGGGCACCGUGUGUGACGACCUGUGGGGUUCUAAUGAAGCUGAGGUCGUGUGCCGCCAGCUAGAGUGUGGUCAGGCCGUUUCUAGUCUUGGUGAGGCUUAUUUUGGCCCAGGGUCAGGAGACAUCUUCCUAGACAACCUUCAGUGUUCUGGAAUGGAACAUUAUCUUGGCCAGUGUCCACAUUCGGGAUGGUCUGAACACAACUGUGGCCACCAUGAGGAUGCUGGUGUUAUCUGCUCAGAUUCAGAUGCCCCUCCUCCACCUGUGCCGCCAGGUCCUCCUCCAACUUCUCAGGAUCCAAUAACAGGAGGAAGAAACUCUUGCGGAGGAGUCAUUUCCAGCCUCUCUGGUUCAUUUACGAGUCCACAGUACCCAGAAAACUAUCCAACAGACAUACAAUGUGUUUGGGAGAUCCAUGUGGAGAAAAAUUUUCGAAUAGAGCUCAUGAUUCCAAAUUUGAACCUGGAAGAUAUCCUUGGAUGUCCCUAUGACUCAAUUGAAAUCUUUGAUGGCCCCAGAAUUGCAUCACUCUCCAUGGGAAAAUUUUGUGCCCCAUCAGCUGUGGUAUUUUUCUCCUCCUCAGACAUCUUGACAGUGGUGUUCCGCAGUGAUUAUAUGACAACAAACACUGGCUUUUAUGCUUUCUUCAAUGCAAUUCCACAAGACGGAAGGGAGUCAGAAGAAAGACCAGUGCUACGGUUGGCAGGCAGCUCUGGACAGUGCUCAGGACGUGUGGAGAUCCUCCACCAGGGGGCCUGGGGCACCGUGUGUGAUGACCUGUGGGACAUGAAUGAAGCUGAGGUUGUAUGCAGACAGCUGGGGUGUGGUCAUGCCAUUGCUGCUCCUGGAAGUGCCUACUUUGGUCCAGGCUCUGGAAACAUCCUUUUGGACAACAUUCAGUGCUCAGGAAAGGAAAACCACUUUGGCCAGUGUUCCAGCUCUGCCUGGUUAGAUCACAACUGUGGCCAUCAUGAGGAUGCUGGAGUUAUCUGCUCAGAUGCAGAGGUGACUCCUUCUCCGACAGAAGGAAGUCACUCCUGUGGAGGAGUAAUUUCAAGUCUCUCAGGCUCCUUCUCCAGUCCUUGGUAUCCUACUAACUACCCCACGGACACAGAGUGCAUCUGGGAGAUACAUGUGGCUGAGAAGUUCAACAUAGAGCUGACGAUCCCAAGCCUGAAGUAA